CUGAGAUAACGUAAUAGAUAGCAAAACUGAAUUACAAGCUGAAACAAAAACUGCUUAACAACGUGCUUGUUCCUGUCGAACGUUUGCACUGAGGUAGCAUUUUACGGCACUUUUGUUUUGUGCUACGUUUCGGUAGAUUAUUUGCCGGAAUCGGUCAGAGUUAUUCGCUAAUUAUCCGCCGUUUGGUGCGAUAAGCCAAACCAACAAAUCUGCCAAGACUCGUAUCAUUGCUGUGGUAUGGUACCACUGCUGUGAGUGUUAUCUAUUUUGGUUUGCAGUUGCCGCAAAUGAUCGGGACUUCCAAUCAAGCAAGUGCGACAGCCAAAUUUACCAUUAAUCUAAAGUGACUGCCGAAAUUCCUUCGUGUGAAACUUAAGCCCGGACAAGGGAGCAAUAAAGCCGAGAUAUUUUUUAUAUCGAUUGUCUCAGCGCAGUUGUUUGUGACAUGGCUGUCAGCUUAUUAACUGAUAACAAAAUAAUGUAUAUUAUUCACGCGAACGGUAUUGAUGCUUAUUUUUUUUUCUCAUGUUGAAGUCUGCGAUAUUUGCGAUUAUGAUUAUGCUAAUAUUCUUGCUGCUACCGUGAGUAUGUUUACUUGCGUGCGCUAACUCGUACACUCAUUUGUUUUGCUUUGUGCAGGUCCAUCAUCUACUUAGAUGAAACAUGGGUAAACGCCGGGCACACCAAGGAAUGCGUUUGGCAGGACAAGACUGUGAAGUCAUCUCAUCAUGCUUUCCUGAAAGGUCUAACCACAGGAUUGCCUGCGCCCUCGGGCAAAGGGGCCCGUUUGAUCCUUGUUCAUGCUGGGAGCAGUGCAACAGAAGGGGAACAACGCUGACUACCAUUCAGAGAUGGAUGGCAAGUACUUCGAGAAGUGGUUCACCGACAAGCUUUUGCCAAACAUACCUGCCAAUAGCAUUGUUGUCAUGGACAACGCUCCAUACCACAGCGUUGCUAUUGAAAAAGCACCCACCAAGUCUACGCGCAAAGCUGAUAUUCAGCUUUGGCUCACAAAGAAAGGUGUUCCGUGGUCGCAGGACAUGGUGCGAGUUGAACUGCUGGAACUUUCAGGAAAGGUGAACACACCCAGCAUUGUGUACCGCAUCGACACUCUAGCGGCUGCCCAUGGCCACGAGGUGCUUCGUUUGCCACCUUACCACUGCGAGUUCAACCCAAUUGAACUUGUUUGGAGCAAAGUGAAGGGGUGCAUUGCAAAACAUAACAAGGGUUUCACUUUGGCUGAAGUUGAGAAGCUCCUCCCGGAAGCACUGGCAUCUGUAAGCCAGGAAAACUGGCAGAACUGCUGUUCCCAUGUAGAGCAAGUUGAGGCUGAAGCGUGGGAACGGGACAUGAUUGUCGACGAUGAAAUCGAGCCAAUUGUCUUCAGCAUUUGCGACUCAUGCAACUCCUCCUCCGAUGAGUCGAGUGCGGAUUUCAGUGAUGAUUGUUUAAGUGGCAUUGAAGAACUUGUUUGACUUUUAAGGAAUGUGUAACCUCAGUGGCGACUUCCUUCACGAGGGUCAAGCGGCCAAACUGGAGUGUGGACACCUUUCUAUCUUGCGUGUUCACGCUACAUCACCAGAGCAUCAAUCUGAGAUGCACUUCCAUAAAGUUUUCGUUUUUUCAAACCCCAAAAGCAGGCCUCCUGUUGUACUAUUGGUGUAUUGCAUGCAGUCUACAUUUAUGUAUGCCAACAAACAUCCAACACUCGAAGUAUUACUAUUCUUGCCACUGCUUGAACCAACACCAUAGCCAUUUUCUUGACAUAAAAAAAAGAGGUCAGGAAAGAGGUUAUAGAAAUCAUUCUGAACUUUUUGUUUAGUAAAAAAUGUGCUUCGGGCUCUGCCACGUAGCAGUGCCAAAGUAGGUCCCGCACUGUUUUGGUGAAAACUGAACCCGCUGCACCGCGGACGGCACGGUAUAAUCAAUAACAUGCUGUGUUUUAAGAGAGGCCAGAAAGGAGUGACUCUCCUCGACAACGGCGAAAACGAAAGUUUCAAACGAACGUCUGUUGUUACCGGCCUGGGUGGAGCCAUGUGGUAACAAGC